UGGGUUAGCUGCCUCUCACCACUGCAGGGGGCUCCCAGCUGCUGGAUAGCCUCUCCUCCUCUCCUGCCUUCACUGCUAACUCUGCUGGGGCCAAGUCAAGCCGCCCAACUUCUCAACGGCCUUGCAGGUAGAGGAGAAUCCAUAACAAGAUAAAGCAAAAAAGAGGAGGAAGGUUUUCUUUCCCAGUCCAGAAAAAAUAACCUGUUGGAUUAUAAUCUGCAAACAGUGGAGAGUGCCGGCAUGAGCAACGAGGGGCCAGAGAAUCCCAUCGCAUCUACACUGACCGAGGGCCUGAAGAGGAAGAGGGGGAGACCAAAGAAGAAGCCACAGGAGGAUGGUGGAAACACAGCUGUUAUCCCACAGGAUGGUGUGGAACCACAGCCAGUGAAGAAACCACGAGGAAGGCCAAAAGGAAGCAAGAAACUGACUACUAUAACUGGGGGAAUGGCAGAUCCUUCUGCUGGGAAAAGGCCAAGAGGGAGGCCCCGCAAGUGGCCUCAAGCAGUGGUCCAAGAAGGAGAAUCUGAGGGUGGAAAUCCUCUGGAAAGCAGUGACUUGAAUUUGAACUCGGCACCAGCCACACAAGGCCUCACUGGUGCCAGGUCUGGCAAAACCACUGGUCUUAGGAGAUGUCUGAGCAACAUCCCUGCUGCAGCUCAGUAGAGUCCCACCUGCUCAUGUCUUGCUGAAGCCAGAGGACUGGAAAGCAAACAGGACUUCGAAUGUUGUAUUUGAGAUUCAUUUGUGAUAAUUUUAGCCAAGUUCUCUCCUGUUGCCUGUGGACUUGCUUACCCCAAACAUCCAAACAAGGAUUUAGAGGAAGAAAUGGCAAAUGCCUUGUUGGAGAGUUGCCUUUUACAGUUUGUAGUAUAUCCUUUGUGAUUCUAACAAUUUCUCUUUAAAAUACUUGUAUAACCUGGUGCCUUGCCCUGACACAGAGAGCAGUAUUUCAACAGAAGUUGACUCAGCAAUUACAGAUACAGGAAAGGAAAUGUAUUUACACAUCUAUUACACAGCUAAUGGCUGUGCUUGUCUGCUGUAUCACCUCUGGCAGACUGAUGGAGCAGUGCCACCAGUUAAGUUUUGCUGUGUUACCCAUAGGGACUGCAUCUGAAAGACAGUCUUUGAGUCCUUUAUUAACUAGUUUAGAAAGAAAAGCCUUGGUGGCAUUUCCAGCUUGCCCCAGUGGCCAGUAACUUGCAUGCUUUAGGGGAAAGUUUGCACCCUGAUGUCUUAGGGAUUGAAUCUGAAAUGUUUAUCUUAAACAAAAAUUGUUAUGUGAUCAGCUCAGGGCCACCUUCUUUAUCUUCUGGCCUAGUGGCUUUCCCCCUGAGUUGGAUAGCAGCUCUAAGUGCACAGCGCUCACAAGCUUAGUCACAGCCACUGGAUUUGAUCCCUUCAAAGGAGUGUUUGUAAGGAACCAGUUCUACAAAAGUUGCUUCCUUGCAGAGCCUCGGGAUUACAUUUAAAUUAUUCCAAUUCAGUCCCUAACAUGCGUGUGUGAGGUCCUCUAGUGUCACAACUAUGCAAAUGAAAGCUGCUGAUAGUUUAGUUUUGGGAGACAGCAAUAGCCAGUUGGUUUGAGAUUGUUGCUGGCUGCUCUCAGUUUCACACUGUUUGCAGGUUUUGUGCUUUUGGUGUCAGAGCUGGACUUGUUAAAUUCUGAGGAAUUGAGGGUAUUUCCAGUAUCCAGUUGCAAAUAGUGAAAUCCCCGUGGUAUUUUCCAUCUCCUGGAUGUUUUGCCUGCCUUUUAAAGGGACAAAGUGGGUAUUUCAAUUAUCUCUGACAGGAUGUAAAAUUGGCUAGCUUUACAGUGUUAAAUAUUUAAACAGAACAUAAUUUGCUUUAAAUUUAUGGUGGUGCAGAGCAGAAAGCCAUGAAAUGGAUGUAUAUAUUGAACUCAUUUAUUAUCUUUUCAUCAGAGUUCUGUUCCCUUGGCAAGUAUUUAUUUAACACAAGAAAAUGUAUGCAGAAUUAAGAAGGGCUGAUUGGAGAGAUAAUGGGGGAAAAGCGGUUUUUUUUCCUUUUAGGUCAUCUUGUUCAGUCCACCCAGUUUAGUACUGAUGAGUCCUUAUCCCAUUAAUUCUGCUUAGUAGUGAUGAGAUUCCCAGUCCUAAUUCUGUGUGGUGUCUGAUUUGCCCUAAGGGAACUCUCUUGUGUAUGGAGCAGAAAACUGCAUCACAGCUAAUCUUUGUGCCUCCAGUACCAAAUAGCAGAGAAAUCAAGGACUAAAUGGAUUAGAUCACAGGGACUGACCUAAAUCCUGUGCUAUGGGAUGAGCUGUGCUGCCAGAUACGAGGAGGAGUUUGACCCCCAGCUGGUGCUGUGGGGAUAAUUCUAGGUGGGAUGUGAUACAAGUGAGUCUGUGCUGCUGAUGGUUACAUGAGAAGGGGAAUUCUGCUGCUCUCCAGUGCACACACAGGUUCAGCUGCAGUUCAUGUCUGCAUUCAAAGGCCACUCCAGUAGCAGACCAAAAUGUUUUACCAACUUCUGUGCCUGAUUUCCAGCUGAAUUGGCAGGUUCAGUCUCUGUUUGCAAGGCUGUGCUGCCUAUUUAAUUAACCCCUGCUACCUGAGAGCAAUAGCUGUUGUGGUGUGAGACUGGAACUUCAGCUUCUAAAUGGAUUAGGGAUUACAUCUGUAAAAGACUCAAGCUUUUCCUGUGACAUCAGACAGUCCUUUCUCAGCUGGUGGCAUGGAAUAGGGGUGCAAACUGCCUUGGCUAGAUAGUAAAUCCAUCUGCUUUAGGUCAGCAGUAUUCCUUUGGGAAGUACCUGCAAAGUACUUCUCUUAAAAUUAAAAAAUCCCCCAAAAAUCUAGUCUUUGCUACCUCUUACUACUCUGCUGAAAAACCAUGGUAAAAAACUUGUUUCCAUGAAAAUGCAAGUGCUGCAGGAGAACAAACAGAAUUCCACUCUUUUAGGAGCUCUUCCAUGUGCCCAUAGCUUCAGCUUCCAUGUUUACACAGAGAAUUAGAAUGGAAGUCAAUGUCUAUGAAAGGUGGGCAGAAGUCCAGACACCUUCAGGGAGCUGGGAUCUCUCACUGGAUCACUUGUAUUGUCUUCUUUGAAAUUAUAAACAUUUUUAUUACCUAUAUAGUUAAUUACCUUUUCUGUAUAGACAGACCUACCUCGAAGCAAGUACACAUCAAGUUUUUUUAAGCUCAGGCAGUUUUGGUCUGACUUGGCCAAAAAUAAAAGGUCAUUACAGUUGGUUAAAUCACAGGAGGUGAGUGAGGUUUGUUGUCUAGCAAAGUUUGGAAGUUCUCCAUAAAUGGUUUUGGUGA